GAGUGAUGAUAACAAUUAAACACACAGCGAGCAUCACCAAUCACGGGUCAGUCAUGAAGCAGUUCAGUGCCAUCCUUCUGCUCCUUGGCUUUUUCAGCGCAGGCUCGGAAGGCCUUCGGCUGCUGCUGGUGUUUCCGCCCCCUUACCGAAGCCACUACAUUCUUGGAAACGCGCUUGGGAAAGGCCUGGCCCGUCUGGGGCACAAUGUUACCCUCAUCUCCUACUACAAGGAUCCCAAUCCGCCCCCGAAUUUCCGGGAGAUUGUUGUGGAUGACCGACCCCAGAUCGCUCCGCUUAGUGGAGGGGUCCAGAGGAACAUGUUCGAAAUGGAGAGUCUGUCCCCAUACGCUAUCCUGCUCCAUCUCACGAAAUCUGCGGGGCCGGUGUAUACCGAGCCAGCGCUCAACCACACCAAAGUGCGCGCACUGCUUGCUUCAGAGGAGCAGUUUGACGCCGUGAUUGUUGAGCAGUUCUUCAAUGACGCCCUCAAAUAUUUCGCCCACCACUUCCAGGCCCCACUGAUCGUCUUCAGUACUGUCGGCUCCAAUCGCUGGGUCAACAAGCUGGUGGCCAAUCCAGAGAACCCUAGCUACGUGCCGGAUGUGCUGCUCAGCUUCUCUGGGCAGAUGACGUUCCAGCAACGGCUCUACAACCUGGUGUUUGGGCUGGUCAGCGACGUUGUUUGCUACCGCUUCAUCUACCCUCAACAGGACGCGCUGUUGAGGAAGCAUUACCCAGAGGCGCCUCCUUUAGAGACUCUGCUCUACAAUGUGUCGCUGGUACUGAUCAAUUCACACGAGAGUAUCAAUGAGGCGGCGCCUCUGGUGCCCAACAUGGUCCACAUUGGCGGCUUCCACAUCGACACGCCCAAGGAACUGCCCCCGGACUUAAAGGAGUUUAUGGACGGCGCAUCCAAGGGCGUGAUAUACUUCAGCUUGGGGUCGAACUUGAACGCCGCCAACAUGCCAAAGGAAAAACAGGCGGUGUUUUUGGAGGUGCUGAGAAACCGGGAGGAGAAGGUGCUUUGGAAGUGGGAUGGCGAUGUUUUUGAGGAUCAGCCCUCCAAUGUCAAGAUCUCCAAGUGGUUUCCUCAGCAGGCCGUGUUGGCCCACCCGAACUGCAAGCUCUUCAUCUCCCAUGGAGGUUUGCUGAGCACGACCGAAACCGUUUCCCUAGGGGUUCCAGUGCUGGCCAUCCCGAUCUUCGCCGACCAGAAGCUAAACGCCGGCCGCAUCCAGGCCAAAGGCUUCGGUCUGACCAUUCCCUUCUCCCAGAUGACGCGAAACUCUUUGAACGCCGCCCUGGACGAUCUUCUGGAUAAUCCGAAGUAUCGCCGUAACGUGCAAAUGGGUUCGCGCCUACUACAUGACCGCCCCAUAGAGCCAAUGGCAUUGGCCGACUACUGGAUCCGAUAUGUAGUCAGGCACAAGGGGGCGCACCAUUUAAGGGUGGCAGGGACUCGACUGCCCCUUUUCCGCUACUUUAUGCUGGAUCAAUUGGGGGUUUUCUUGGGCGUUUUGAUACUGGCAGGGUGGCUGCUUAGCAGGACGCGCAGGGUAUUUAGCAAGAGCACGCUGAAGGCGAAGGAAGAGUAAAAUGUCCGAGUAGAUAUCCAACGUUUUGCUGGUAGCAAGAUUCAAAACCGUAGAAAGGCGGCAGUCUUGUGUGAAUAAGGUGUAAUUUAUUGCAUGGUUAAAGUUUCCGGCUUCGACUCAAUCGUUUAAAGUUUCAUCUUUUUUAAAUGAAUCCAAGGACAGGUAAUAAUCCAGUUAUUAUAAUCUUAUCGUUAUUAAAACUUACCUCAUAAUUGAUAAAAAGAGAAUGUAAUGUGUACCAAUUAUGAGGUGAGUUUUUCAAAUGUUUUGCUCCCCCAAAAGGAAAGGGUUUUUUCUUAAGAACUAAUGAAUGCUUUAACGCUUUGUAAAUUACAGUUUUUGUACAACAUAAUUUAAUUGUAAAUUGGUGUUUGUAGUUUGUAUGAAUUUUAAAUCUGAUGAUGGCGCUGUUGUCUCGAUAUACAAAUUUUUAUUUCACAUUUUGACUGAAACCGAGGAUGGAUAAGAAUAUAAUAAUUUGUCCUUUUCGUAUUUUUUGAUAAUUUGUUUUAAUUCAAAGGCAAAACAACCCGAGUGCUUUUUUGCAUAAAAAUGUAUUUAAAAAAAUUAUUUAGUUAUUGAGUAGAAGUGUUUGUCCUUAAUUUGAGUCUCUCCGUAACACAGACUAAUUUAAUUUACAAGCUAAGAAUUUUCCAUUGCAAGAAAACUUUGACUAUUCAUAUCUCUAAAUAAACCGUUUGUGACUAACCCUUCAAUUACAAUAUUCUUCGACCAAAUCUAUUCAAUACCAUCCAUACUUAUCUCAUUCUAUCCUCGGUAGCUUCUACUGAAAUAUACUCCCAUUAUCAUUAUCUACUUAACAUAUUUUGAAUCGCAUCUCAAUCAUAUUAUCCAUGUUUCUUUCGACAGGCAGAACUUGUUUUAUUGUGCGACUAGAGAGAUAAUGCUGGCUGAAGCAUUCAAUUAAUUAAUUAAAUAUACACCUGGAUUUAUCUUCGUUCCGAUAUGAAUGCCUAUUCGGGAGUUUUUCAGGUAUCAGCUAGGCAGCUAACUUCGGCAUACGUUUCUUGUUGAAGAUAGCCGGGCAUUGUUUAUAUCGCUUAUUACCAUACUGAAGUGUCUCAGGAAAAGUUUACUUAGCAAUUAGCGUAAUGGGAAAAUAUUGGCUUAUCGAAUGGAAGCUUGAUUACACACUCUCUUCAAACAAUAAUGGAAAAAUAGACAUCAAAACUAACGCCCAAGCACAGUGUAAAAAACGCACUUUAAAGGCAACGGUAAAAAGGCAGAAUCGCGGGCAAGCAUUUCGACAAUGGCAAAAUCCAGUUCUCAGCAGGUUGAGUUCUCUAAUAGACUGGCGGCUUGUCUUGACGAAAUAAUCAUCAUUCAAAAGGUACAAGUGAAACAUAAUUGGGCGCAGCGGGUGCAAGCCGCCGCAUCACUCUGUACAACAUUAUUAUUGAAAGCAACGAAAAAUGAACACGCAGUGUGGCAAAUAGAUGGAAAACACUAAAAGCGAACAGAAAAAACCCAGUCUAGAAUAAUCAAUCAACAGCCUAAUCAUUAGUUCUUUAUGUCGGUAAUUUGCAUAGCCUGCUGCUUUCAACUUCCUGCUUUUGCAAUAUAUCUGGAAUUUUUAAUUUUGAAAGUUCCAAACUUACUAAUCGGUGCGAAUCUUGAAAAAUCAUUAAAACACAUUGCCUGAGAAAUGGUUGCAAACGUUUCAUCAAAUCACUGAAGGGCAUCACGACGAGUAAUUGCGUUUUUGUUAUCUCAUUUCAAAAGGCAAAACGGAAAAAUAUUCAACGCAAAAAUACGAAAUAGAAUGAAAACCUCAUGCAACUGUAAGAGCAUGUUUAACAAGUGAAUUCACUAGUCAUGGCCUCGAAUAGGCAAAUGGAAUCAAGUUGUCGGCAACAGAUUGGAUGCAAAAAGGCCAUGUAAAACAGACCCCCUGCACGUUCCAUCUGUACUGAACACUUUGAUUUAAGAAUAAUGUGUCAUCGUAAUAAAUAACUGUUUUCAUCGCGAUUCUUAUUUAUGUCUUCAUUAACUCCAAUCAAUCCAUCACGUGUAGCGUUCCAAUAGAAAAAUGGCAAUUUUAAUAACAAACCAACGGUAUAAUUAAUGAUAUAAAUCGAAAAAACAAAUCAAUCACCACACUAAUUCCCUACAUGUUAUAAAUAUUUGUUAUCAAUAAAUCAGAUUUAAAUAUUCAAAUCAUUCUGGCACCAUUAAGAAAAUUUGUCAUUAAUUAAAUUACCUAAUUUAUCCAAACACAAAAGCCCAAGACACACCUCGACGAUCAAAUAAUUCUUCGGAUGCCUUCGGCGUCUAAAAUACGAGGUAUUCGAAAUUAAGAAUGUCUUCUGCAAUUCAAAGAUUACGGACACAUUAAAGGAACCGUAUCUAGAAUUUAUCAUCUUUUAUAUUCGUGAAAUUUACAUAACAACGAAUGCAUAAUUAAAUAUGUUAGAUUAAACAGGAUUAGUCUGAAAUAUUUUUGUUUCGUCUAUAUAAAGAUAUAUUUUUCUUACAUUUACAUAAAAGGCUUUUCAGCUUUGCAUCAUUUCGGACAUAUUUAUGAUCAUUAAUGGUUUAAGAACAAGUAGAAACUAUUAGGAAAUGGUUAGAUUGAUUAUUAAGCCGGGUUCUGUUUAAUUGAAGAAAACAACGCUAAUGGCUUUAAGCGAACUUUCAACAUAAAUCGAUAAAAUAAACAACAAAGGUACAAUAGAUAUUUUAGAACCUCCACCCACUGAAUUUUUCAGUCUGACAUCGAAACGAAUAUCGAAAAACAACAUCAUAAAUCGAUUGAAUUAAUUUACAUGUUAACACCUAUUACAGCGUAUUUCUUUGUGGAAAUGAAAUGCUGCCACCGGCCACUACAGAAAUGAUGAUUGGUUCCGAUAAAUUUAGGCGUGGACAAAUUAAACUGUUCAGAUAUAUUUAAGUAGGAGGUGUAAGUUAUUAGGUAGAACCUGAUUUAGGUAAUAUUACAGCUACGGGCUUUGCUUAAUAAAUUUACCGCCGCCUUUAAUUAUUUCUCUAUAGAAAGUCUUAACGUGGGAAACGACUUAUAUACGACGAAUAGUUGUAAAAAUCCAGACAUUUUCCAAUCCUUGCUCUUCCAGAAAACCCGCAAAAUUUCCUAGACCUUAAUUAAGAUAAAGUUUUAAUCGGUGCAAUAAUCCUAUCGGAAACAUUUGAAAACUGUCGGCUACACACAAUAAAGCCCCACUGAACAUUAAAGCAUUUUAAUUACAAAGUCGUCCAGUAGCAGCAGUGGCACGGUUAAAAUUCUCACUUAGAAUUCCAGCAAUCUAUGGGCUGUUAAAAUGACUGCUUUUUCUGAAAAGACAUCGCACUAAAGAGCCUUAAAAACAAUCCACUAGCUGGUUCAUGGUUACCGGUUUGCGUUUAUGUUGAGGACGAAAAUUCUCUAGUAAUAUGAACAAGAAACUGAAGGCAUUGAAGCCAGCACCGCGCAGACUGUUCCUUCUAUCAUUACACCUCAACACCUUCCUUCAAAUCAUCAAAAGAUUUUCCAAGUUCCACAGAUCGAGGCAAAAUCGCAUGUUUUUACAUGAAAUAUUCCCCGGUACAUGAACUAUACCGCUCCCGGUUUUUUUGUGGCAUUUCGGGGAAGCCUGCAAAGUGAUCUUCCUCACGAAAGACAUUCUCUACAUAUUAGGGCGUUUAAAAACUUGCAUGGAUGCUUAAGUGGUUGUACGUGAACCCAUACUAACUUGGCUGAUGAUCGUUUACGAGUGCCUUGCUCAGUGGUCUAACUUGUUCUUAUCGGUUCAAGGAAGACGUUCGUACGUUACCUCAUAAAUCGAGAAACCCAUUUGGACAACAAUCACACGGCGAACGCAAAAAAUCUGGAACUUCCAGAGUAUUGACGCUUUUUGCAGAAAAGCGAAUAACAAAAGGUAAAAUCAUCGCUUAAAAUUUCAUUCUGUUGGGAUUUUUUAAAGCAACAUGUACAAGUCCCAGACGUGGUUCAGCAGUAUUAAACAGGAGCUAUAAAAAUAAAAUUCGACCUAAAUACCGAAAACUCUUCAGAGGCGUUUUGCUGCCGAACAACAGCUUUUGAACACUCAGAACAACUUUCUUGUCCUGUGUUUCAAACACCAUCACCAUCUGAAGCGGAGAUAAUCUGGAAAUCGAAUUUUCUUGGGCUUCAUACGAGUGUUAAUCAGAAGUUUUCCCGAUUAGUUGCAGGAUCUGAAGCUUUGAUAAAACCGUAUGCUAUACACGAAACGUUACACCUAAAGCUACUCGUGACUAAUAAAUAUGCGGCAUAUUUCGGGAAUUUUAAGUGUCAAAAAUUAAAUGACAAAACUCCGAGUACCGUGUAGAAAUUCUCGUUAUUUUUAAUGGCCAGUGGCUUAAACGUCCCAAAAAUUCCUCUACUACUUAUAUCUCAGUUAUGAUCAUCUAGCUAUAAAUUUUGUCAACCGAACGGCCACUGGUAUCAAUUACUGCUUAACUUGCGAAACUGGACAAACUAAACAGGGAUGUUUAAUACGCGAUAGAGUUUGCUCUUGCGGUUAUGGGUGCAUUUCCGAUUACCGGUAUGACAAUAUGCAGGAAUGCCAAGCUGCAUUAAAAGGUAA